AUGAAUAAGAAUCGUCAUACUUCUAUGCAUAAGAUUUUGGGUCCUCCUUCAAUAGUCAUGUUUGAUGGAGAAGAAUCUAAGUUUUAAAAAAGAAUCUUUAGAGGUUUCAUGUUCUUUAUUAUUAAGAGCAUUCAACUGAUAAAAUUAAAUUUUGUUGGGAACAAUCUCCAAUUCAUAAGACGAAUGAUUUCAAUUUUUAAAAAAUUAAUUAUGUAAAUUAAUAGGAUAUGGAUAAUCAUGUUCGUAGUACUUACCAAUUACCAUAAAUUUAUAAGCGUAAAAAUCAGUUAAAUAAUGAAUGCUUUGUUGUUUCUCCACAAAUGACUGUAGGUUUACAAUUUUAAUAAUUUUAGAAUCUGAAUAAAAAUUUGGAAAAUAUGCUAAACGCUACACUUAAGAUUCUGACUUAUUUUCACUUAAAAUUCCUACUGAAAAAUAAUACUCUCAACACUCAUCUGCUUAUGGUUAGUUUUAUUUUUAACCUGAAUUUAAACUAACCAAAACAAAACCUGUUUUCAAAUAUCAUACAGCUAAAAGUCAAAUUCUUGGUAAUUCAAGAUUAUAAUACAUUAAAUUAAGAUAAGAAAUUGAUUGAACC